AUGGAUCGCACGGCCUUCCCCGACAGUGGCAACAUGCCACGGCGCAGGCCCAUUAUACAGCCUUUCGCCGGAAGGAUUGGCGGCAACCAAGGGCUUGUAGUCGACCGCACUGACCCCGACAAUGCGGACCUCUUAAAGAAGGUGCCGGAUGCGGCGCCGCUGAUGACAUUCCGUGAGGGAUUCGACCUGCGCGGAUUCUGGGAUAUUGACCUCUGGAAGUUCGGCUUCAUCGAAUGCAUGGGUACCAUGAUGAUGGUGUUCGUGACAUCUUGGAUGGCCGUACGACCAGCUUCGGCGUCAGCAAAUGUCAGUGCGACUUCACCGUCCGGUAUAUUCUCUACCUCGACAUUUCUAGGACCACUCUUUGGUGGUAUUAGCAACUGGCUGUUCCUGACUCUAUUUAUUUUCUCUUUUUCAAACGUGAGUGGUAGCCAUCUCAACCCGACCAUUACGUUGGCUACCUUUUUCGCCCGUUUGAUAUCGCUCCCUCGAAUGGUCAUUUACCUUCUCGGACAAACCCUUGGCGGUGCAUUGGCUGGCUUUAUGCUUCAAAGCGGGUAUGGGUCUAGGGACUUCACCGUAGGAGGCUGCACAGUGAAUACCCGCCUGGUGCCUGUAGAUGAGGCAUUCCUGCUCGAGUUUAUCUUCUGCUUGGUCCUGAUUUUCCUGUCCUUUGGGGUUGGUUUGGAUCCAAGACAAGGUUCUAUCUAUGGAGCUGCAUUGUCUCCCUUUUUAGUAGGGAUGACUCUGGGCGUUGUGAGCUGGGGCUCUUCUUUCACCCGCGCUGGGUAUGCUGGAGCUUGUGACGUUAAAUCCGGCCCGAUGCUUCGGCGUCUAUGUAGCUACCAGCUUUCCGGGAUACCAUUGGAUUCAUUGGGUCGGUCCUCUCGCUGCCUCCAUAGGGCACGGCAUUGUCUACUUUAUCGCUCCUCCUUGGGGGCAUUGAAGGUCGCUUACGACGCAACUGUGGCGGAUGGUUGA